AUGCCAGCCAAGAAUCCACAUCUGCAGUUGCAAAAAUGGGCAGAGCAAUAUGGCCCUGUCUUCUCAUUGCAACUUGGUACCAAGACCAUAAUUGUACUCUCCAGUGAUGUGGCCGUAAAAGAGAUGCUCGACAAACGUAGCAGUAAUUAUUCCGACCGACCCGAUAUGUUUAUUGGUCAACAAGUUGCCAGUGGCGGCAUGAGACUCGUUGUGAUGCGGUAUGGCGAUAAAUGGAGAAGUAUUCACCGUAUGAUACACAAUAUUCUCAACAUAAAAGCUGCUGUUACGUACGCACCUUAUCAAGAUCUGGAAAACAAGGUCAUGUUAAAAGCUUUCUGCGAAGACCCAGCAAAUUUCCAGUCCCACAUCCGACGUUAUACUUUCUCGCUUUCGACGCAACUCAUUUUUGGUCAUCGCUGUCCUGAUGUAAAUGACCCGGAUCUGAAGGAGCUCUUUGUGAAUUUUAGCAACUGGGGAGAAGUAGCAGCUUGCGCCAGUGCACAAAUCCUGGAUUUGUUCCCUAUACUUCAGAGUUUACCCAGAUGGAUGGCUCCAAACGUGAGGUAUGCUGAAUCGUUGUUCGAAACAGAAAGAGAACACUACCUCAGGAUGUGGAUGAGAACAAAGAAUGCGUUGUCCAGUGGAGAAGGUCAUCCAUGUUUCUGCAAUGAUUUGCUGCGUGCACAGGAUAAAGAAGGAUUCUCGGACGCGGAAGCAAGUUACAUCAGUGGAUCAUUGUUGGAGGCAGGUUCCGAUACAACAGCUGCGAUACUGUAUGGAUUUAUCCAAGCUACCUUGGUCUGGCCGGAAGUUUUGUCGAGAGCCCAAGAAGAGAUCGACCGUAUUGUAGGUCCUGGCCGACUUCCGAACUUGGACGAUUACGAAAAUCUGCCAUACAUUAGAUGUUGCAUCAAAGAAAGCAUGCGCUGGAUGCCAACAGUUAUCUUGGGAGUGCCGCAUGCCGCAAUAAAAGACGACUGGUACAACGGUUACAGGAUUCCAGCAGGGAGUACAAUUAUCAACAAUGUAUGGACGAUCCAUAUGGAUCCGAAACGCUCGCCAGACCCUCGCAGGUUCAAUCCUGAUCGAUUUGCAAAUGAUAAGACCACCUUAUUUGAAUCGGCGACAGGGGAUUGCACCAAACGUGACAAUUUUGUUUUCGGCGCAGGUCGACGAUUGUGCCAGGGGAUCCACAUUGCCGAGCGCUCCUUGUUCUAUGGGAUUGCUCGUCUGGUCUGGGGCUUUGACUUUUCGCCAUCUUUGGGUGCUGAUGGCCAGCCCAUAAGCUAUGAUGUUGAUGAUCUGGUGGGUGGGAUUACCGUUGAGCCCAGGCCCUUCAGCUGCCAGAUCAAGCCACGAAGCAGCUAUGUUGAAGGGGUCAUAUUGAAAGAAGCCACAGCGUGCAAUGACUUGCUGGACGAGGUGACAGGUCAAUGGAAGGAAACCCCAGAGGGUAUGGCUUUCAGCACUUGGAUGCCCGAAAAGAUCGACGUCUGA